AUGGCUGAAAACAUCUACGAGAACUUUCAGAGGCUUCAAAAUGACGGAGCAGCUUCAAAGAAACCGGCCCUUCCUCCCCCUUCCAAGAGGAGCGUCUCCAUCCUCUCGUUCCUUGCAGUCCUGGUUCUGCUCCUGGCCAUUGCACUGGUUUCAGUGACUGUCCUGUAUUUCCAGCAAGAGAGGCAGCUCCAGGAACAAGAUGGAAUCGCUCGGAAGUCCAGCGACAGUCUGCAGCGCUGCAACGUCUCUUAUGCUCAACUGGAGGAAGCCGAGAGUUUCAAGUUGUUGGGUUGCUCUGAGAUCCAGGCCUAUUUGAAGAAUGUCACAGCAUCACUAACAUCUCUACAACAGCGUUACAGCAAUCUCAUGAGUUUUGUCUCCGUCGGCUGGAAUUUUUACAACGGGAGUUUCUACUUCUUUUCCCAAGAGGCUAAGACUUGGCGGGAGGCUGAAGAGGCCUGCAUGUCGCACGGGGCCCACCUCACCUCUGUCGCCUCCAAGGAAGAGAUGAAAUACUUACUCAGUAAAGCCAAAGGGGUGUCAUUUUGGAUUGGACUCACUGAUCAAAGGGAAGAAGGCAACUGGACUUGGACGGACGGCACCAAAUACGACAACCAACUGAGGCAGGAAAAGUUUGAAACUGGGGUGGGGGGUGGAAAGAGGUCCUUGUCACUAAGGGUGGGCACAUAUUGCCAGUGA